ACCCGUUUCCUCUCCAAGUUUAGCCACCGCAAUCGCAUCGUCCUAGGGUUUAAGCAGCAGCAGCAGCCCCGCCGCAUCCAGAUCCCCAACCCAAACCCUCGAACCCGGAGAACUCGCCGCCGACGACAGCCAAGAUGUUUCUAGGCGCGAUGCCCCGGAAGCCGAGCAAGGAGGCGGCGUACAAGGAGCUGCGCUUGCAUCUCAGCAUCAUGGCGGGCUGCAUCGCCGUCAUCCGCGCCGCCCCCUACAUCCUCCACUACCUCACCCGCGAGCCCGGCAUGACGGAGCUCAAGCUCGAGCUCUAGGUGCGACUGGGAUGGUUAAGUUACUCUCAGGAGCAGACUUUGAAGUACCUUGUCAAACAUGAAAUUAGUUUUCCUUGUUAGUAUUUCGUCUUUCUAUAGUGUGAGAAUUCAAUGACAGUGUUCGCAUAAACUCUGUUGGUUGUGGUUACCACUGCCACUGCCCCAGCAACUUUGUGGGUUUUUAACAAUCAGUGAUGCGUGCCUCAUAUAUUUCAUUAUUGCUGGGAUGUGAUUUGUCGUUGCUA